AAUACAACGACGAUCGAUGGGAGGUAAGCGAAAGGUCGUUGAGACAUCUCCUGUUGCCGCCGCCCCUCGUGCGACGAAGCGAUCGACGCGCAGCUCGACUGUUGCUGCAGUGAACUCAACUCCACCUGCUCCAACUCCCCAUUCGCCGCCGGCAAAGAAGGCAGUGAAAGCGUUGAAACCGGUGCACGCAACUGCCCAGGCUCCACCGCCGUCGCUGGCCACGGGAGACGUCGAUGCCAAGGCGUCUGAACUCUUGGCUGGAUUGAGCGUAUCGAAUUUUACAUUGGCCACAAAUCAUGCGGGGGACGUCAUGGACGCUUCGUUGGUUCAGAUCGACCUUGCCAAGAACACGGACAAAUAUUACGUUCUCCAACUCAUCGCUGUCGGUCACGGCCAGACGUAUUAUGUGUUUACGCGCUGGGGACGCACUGGACAAGUUGGACAGCACAAGCUGGACGGACCCUUCUCGUACGACGACGCACAAGACAACUUUUGCAAGAAGUUUCUCGAUAAAACAGGGUCGAACUGGGCGGACAAGGGUUCGUUUGAGUGCAAAAAGGGAAAAUACGAUCUGCUGGUCGUGGAUUAUAUGGCAGCACAAGCGUCGACGGGAGCUGUCUGGGAAUACUACAUGGGUAACUUUGUCGACGGCAAGGCCACGGGAUGGUACCCGUACACGGCCGAAGGCAUGGCACAAACGGAAGCGCUGUGGCAAACAUUCCAAGCCAACACAACGUAUAGCAGCAGGAUUGUGGAAAGCGGCAUGUAUUCGUAUCAAGUCGAUUUGGUCAACAUGACUCAAACCAACAUGUCAACCCACAAGUCCCGCUUCAUUCGACGAGCGCAUAACGGCAUCGUUGUGGCCGCUGCCGCCGCUCCAAGCAGCGGUCCUCCAUCGAUUGCUUGUGGUUCGUCGGUUCCAGGCCAUCCACCAGCGCUUCCUGUGAUUCCCAUCGCGGUGCCGGCGACCGUGAUCAAGUCGUCGUUGUUUACACUACCAGGUGUUGUCCCACAGCCGACGCCAUCGAAAGCCACGUCGUCCGUCCACCCGGCCACAAGUCCUGUUGCGAAGAAGGCACUGCCUCCUCCCGUCAUGGCACCGCCUGCUGCAGUCCAUCGCCCCCUGGACUCGAUCUACGAGCAGCUCUACGGGUCCAACGCAGACGUCGUCGACGACUACGAUGUGAUGCUGAAUGAAGUUGCGAUCAAGGCCAGCUCCAGCCACAACAAAUUUUACCGCAUUCAACUUCUCGAUUUGCGAAACGGGUCGUGGGACGUAUUUACGCGAUGGGGUCGCGUCGGCGAAGACGGCAACCAUGCGUUGUUGGGGCCGUUUGCCGCGCUGGGCGAUGCCGCGACUGCCUUUAGCAAAAAAUUCACCGACAAGACAAAAAACAAAUGGGACGACCGCGCCACGUUUGUCGCCAAGAAGAACCAGUACGAGAUCGUCGAGCUCGAUAUGACGGCAUCGUCGGCCGCGCAUGCUCCGGUCGCCGUCGUGAACGACACGAUUCCGUCGCGCUUGCCCAAGCAGACGCAGAAGCUCAUUUGCAUGAUCUUCGAUACGGACAUGUUCCAGUCAGAGCUCAAACGGAUGAACUUGGACCCGGCCCGCAUGCCGCUCGGCACACUCAGUCUGCAGCAGAUUCAAAAGGGCGUGGCGAUCCUCGACGAGCUCCAGGCGAAUUUGACCACCCCCAAUGCCACCCUCCGCACAACGCUCUCGUCCAAGUUUUACACUCUCAUUCCGCACGCGUUCUCGCGCAGCACGAUUCCCCCCGUGCUGGCAACGCCCCAACAGCUCGAGGAAAAAUACGACAUGCUGUCGACAUUGCACGAUAUUGUGGUUGCUCAGGACGUCGAGCGAGCGAUCCACGUCCCGUCUGUGCAGCAAGCCAACAGCAUCGACCUCAAGUACGCCGAGCUCCAGUGCCAGUUGGAUUUGGUGUCGCCGUCCGACCCGGUGUACUCAGUUGUGACCAAGUACAUCCAGCACUCGAGUAGUGGACUCUUGCUCCAACAACACGUCGCGCUUCAGGAUAUUUGGGCAGUGCGCCGCCACGCUGAGGAUAAAUCGUUUGCGUCGUUUGCCGCCGUGCCAAACCAUCGUCUUCUCUGGCACGGCACGAACGUCGCAGUCGUGGCCGCGAUUCUCAAAUCGGGGCUUCGCAUCAUGCCGUCGGCUGGCGGCCGCGUCGGCAAAGGCAUUUACUUGGCCGAUAUGCUGGCCAAGUCGAGGCAGUACGUGCAUCCGACCCAGUUUGACGGCACCCAGACGGGAUGCCUCUUCCUCGUGGAAACGGCUCUCGGCGACAUCCAUGAGAUCACGCAAGACGACCCAUCGCUGACCAAGCCACCCGCGCCGUUCGAUUCCGUCCUGGCCAAGGGCACCACAUAUCCCGACCCAGCGCACGACCAGUUGGUCGACUUCGACGGCAACCACGUUCGUGUCCCAGUGGGGCCGACUGUAACAUCGCACGCCUUGGCGACGUCCUUCACCCACAACGAAUUCCUCGUGUACCAAGAACGCCAGCAGCGCCUUCGAUUCAUCGUCACAUUCAAGAUGUAAUCGUCAAAACGCCGACGUGUAGUAGGCUGUGUUUUUGGCAUCACAGGCAACAGAAGCUGUGGGUUCACUGGCUGCUGCCCGAUGAACUGUCCGUGCUUCCGUCGGUACGAGUCAUGGAAUCCGUUGCAGAGACGAAUGGACGAGGGAGCGUCGGGAGGCACACAUAAACCGCACUGCGCUCCAGGCGCUGUGAU